GUCAAGUCUCGCGCACAGAAAGAGUCGGUCAGUACGGUGAUGCUGAGACCCCGAGGAGCAGCAACAACCUGAUAAUGCCUUCUUUUAGUUUAUUUAUUAUUUUCUAACAAAUAAACAAAGGCGCUUGCUUAAAGACAGAUAGGAAUUAUAUUGUCUUGUGAGGACUGAGGAAACUAAAAGGAGAAAAAAAUAAACAGAGCUGAAUAAACUAGCUAGUUGUGUGUAUGGAUGUUGAGCAUCAGCGUUUUCCCGUUAUUUCCUGGAACUGUGCAGAUUAGAAUCGGAUUAAUAAUCGAUUAGAUUUGCAUCGCAUUUUGUAGUUACACCGUUAAUUUAUACGCCCGUUCACAGAUACGUUAUUAGUCUCAAAGCGUUCUCAAAAUUAUUUCCAGUAUCGCACAAUGCUGCUUUUGUCCGUUUUAUUUUGACCUUUGGACGGUCUGAAUCCUGCGAUGGGCUUCACACUGACCCUGAGCUCGCGCACUGAGUCACAGCCCACCGGGGCGAUACACUGCUCUGACACCGUGCAGGUAGACGGUAUUUGACGACUGCUACCAACGGAAACACAAAGCAGUGGUUAGCUCAGUGCUAACUGGGUCAGAAAAUGACAGCUUAGGCCAUCCAGGGGAACUCGCUAGCUGCUUCAACUCCCCAUCUAUUAUUACUGCAGUCUGCGCUUAGCUAGCGUCUGCUCGCUUAAACACUCCACAAAGGACUCGGCUAGUGUUGUUUGUAUAUAUUUCACAUAAGUUUAGCCAGCUAGCUAGGCUGUGAAGGCGAUGUAGCUUUCUGCUCUAACGUUAUUGAUGUUGUGUGCGCGAGCUCUUUGGGUAUGGGUAACAGGAAAGACGCCGUGUUCAGGUUCAGCCCUGCGUUUUUACUCAGCUAGUGCUUAAAACUGCCCCUCAGCCCUCCUCUGUAUUAUCCCCGGACACUCUCUGGACAGAAAUGGAGACGGUUGGAGACUUCGAGUACAGCCGAAAAGACCUGAUAGGACACGGAGCCUUCGCGGUGGUUUUCAAGGGAAGACAUAAAAAGAAGACAGACUGGGAGGUGGCCAUCAAGAGCAUUAACAAAAAGAACCUCUCCAAGUCUCAGAUUCUGCUUGGGAAGGAGAUCAAAAUUUUGAAGGAGCUGCAGCAUGAGAACAUUGUGGCACUCUAUGAUGUUCAGGAAACACCUAAUUUUGUUUUCCUUGUAAUGGAGUUUUGUAAUGGAGGAGAUCUGGCAGACUAUUUACAAGCUAAGGGCACUUUGCGGGAGGACACCCUGAGGGUCUUCCUCCAGCAGAUAGCAGCAGCCAUGCGUGUUCUCAACAGCAAGGGUAUCAUCCACCGUGACCUCAAACCUCAGAACAUCCUCCUGUCCUACACUGGCCGCAAGAAAUCCAGCGUCAGUGGCAUCCGAAUUAAAAUCGCUGACUUUGGCUUUGCACGGUAUCUUCAAAGUAACAUGAUGGCAGCUACUCUGUGUGGUUCGCCUAUGUACAUGGCUCCAGAAGUAAUAAUGUCCCAGAACUAUGAUGCCAAAGCAGACCUGUGGAGCAUCGGGACCGUUAUUUAUCAGUGUCUCGUGGGGAAGCCACCCUUUCAGGCAAACAGCCCACAGGACCUGAGGAUGUUCUAUGAGAAAAACAAGACACUGGUGCCAAACAUCCCAAGAGAAACUUCUCCUCCCCUUGCUGAUCUGCUACUGGGUUUACUACAGAGGAAUCAGAAGGACCGGAUGGAUUUUGACACAUUCUUCAGCCAUCCAUUCUUGGAGCAAACAUCAAACAUCAAAAAAUCUUGCCCUGUGCCAGUGCCUGCAUGCCCUAGCUCCGUGUCGGAGAGCACUUGCGGCAGCUCGCCCUCCUGCCGUUACGCCUCACCUCCGUCGCUGCCGGACAUGCAGACCCUGCCUGAAGACGUGCUCUCCUCUCCACCUCUCGGUCCUCCCAACUAUCUGCAGCUGUCUAAAGAGUCAGGUGGCAGCACCAGCAGCAAGAACUCCUCCUGUGAUACAGAUGACUUUGUAUUGGUGCCUCACCUGUCUGGAGAACAGUCCUAUGACUUGCCAAUUGGGGCCACUGGCCGUAGACCAUCCAGUGAGUUUUUGCUGUGUGGAGGGCAGCCACAACCCUCUUCAGGCCAGAACCCUGUGGUGUCACCUCGAACGGAGACCACUCCGAUCCCUGUGCCCACUCAGGUGCGCAACUACCAGCGGAUCAAGCAGAAUCUCUCCAGCAGCCCCAGCACCACCCUCUAUGGUUCACCCAGGUCUGGUACAGUGCGACGUUCCAACACCAGCCCUAUGGGAUUUCCAAAAGCUGCCUCUGGCUCCCCCAGCCCUGCUGAUGCUGCUCAGACUGUGGGUCGAAGACUCUCCACUGGCAGCUCCCGUCCCUACUCACCUUCUCCAUUGGUGGCUACUAUUCCUGAACAGCUGGGCCAUUGUUGUUGUGGACAUCCCCACAGCCAUGAGGCACGAAGCCGCAGCUCAUCCGGUGGUUCCCCCGUGCCCUCGUCUCAGUUGCUUGGUGCCCGACUCCAGAGCGCACCUACCCUAACCGAUGUCUACCAAAACAAGCAGAAGUUGUACAAGCAGCUCUCCGAUCCUGUUCAGCCUACUUCUUUAGCCUAUCCCCCUACACACUCACCACAGCUGGGACGCCCUGGCAACCUGGGGACCUCUCCCACCAAGCACCUUGGCUCCUCCCCCCGCACAUCUGAUUGGCUACAGAAAUCCCCCCUUCCCACCAUCAUUGGCUCACCAACCAAGACAACUGCUCCUUUCAAAAUCCCUAAAACUCAGGCCUCAUGCAACCUCAUGGCCUUGGCUUCUCAACAGGGCAUAGUGGAUAGCCCCAAUUCCAGUAAGAUGUCCACUGAUGCCCGGGAGAUCUGCCCCCACCACUGGUCACCGUACCCCAGUGGGAGACACUCGGCUUCAGAGAGUUCCAAAACUACUUUUGGCAGGUCUGUGAGUACAGGGCGUUUGUCAGAGCAGCCUGUAAGAAUCACUCUGGGAGGACAGACAUACCAGGGCAGUACAGACAGCCUCAACACAGAGAGACCUAUGGACACAGCCCCUGCAGGGUCAUGUGGUUUGGCAGUGGGCGGUGCGAGUCCCCGUACUGUAGUGUUCACAGUAGGCUCGCCCCCCAACAGCAGCACCCCUCCCACUUGCAGCCACCUGAACACACGCCCUCGCACCACAUCAGUGGGGUCCAACAGUUCAGCAGGCUCUCUGUACUCCACCAGUGGAAAGGUAUGCAUGGGUUCUCCUCCUGCUAUGGCCAUGGGUAGUUCUCCUCCUGGGGCAGAAGCAGCCCCUAGUAGCCUACGCUAUGUCCCCUACGGCACCUCUCCACCCAGCCUUGAUGGGUUUAUCACUUUUGAGGCCCCUGAGCUCCCAGAGGAGACGCUGAUGGAGAGAGAGCACACAGACACACUAAUGCAUCUACGGAUGAUGCUGUCCUUUACGGACUGUGUGUUGGAGAUGGCUGCUGUGAGAGCAGGUGGAGCAGACCUUGGCAUUUCUGCUGCCUCGCUUUACCCUCCACAGGAGAGUGUGGUGGUGGACCAGAUUAGCCAGCUCAGCAAGGAGUGGGGGCAAGUGGAGCAGCUGGUGUUGUACAUGAAGGCUGCUCAGCUGCUCGCAUCCUCUCUGCACCUGGCCAAAGCUCAGAUCAAGUCUGCCAAGCUGAACCCCUCCACUGCUGUCAAACAAGUGGUUAAAAGCCUGAAUGAGCGCUACAAGAGCUGCAUCUCCCUGUGCCGCCAGCUCACGGACAAACUGAACCAUUUCUUCUCAGACAAGCAGCGCUUUGUGGACGAGAUCAACAGCGUGACCGCUGAGAAGCUCAUAUACAACCAUGCUGUGGAGAUGGUCCAGUCGGCAGCGCUGGACGAAAUGUUCCAGCAGACCGAGGACAUUGCAUACCGCUAUAACAAAGCUGCUAUGCUGUUGGAGGGCCUCACAAAGAUCCUACAGGAUCCAGCAGAUGUAGAGAACGUCACCAAGUAUAAGGCGAGUGUGGACCGGAGGAUCUCUGCGCUGUGUUACUGUACUGUCACGCUGUAUGAAUAGAACACACACACCACUGGCCACCGGGUCCAUCCUCCUUCCAACUCACUCAGACUAGAGGAUCCUCUCACUCCCACUUCUCCAACUUCGUAGCAGCCAGAGCACUUUUCCUUUUUUGAUUCUUAUUUUCAUGAAAUCACCUGAACCAACAGAAGUAUUAUUAUUAUUAUUAUUUUCAUAAAGGACCUCUUCCACCAAAUCACUACCAAAGAUAAAAUGCAACAACAAUACAGAAUCUGUUCUCAAGAAAGAAGCUCUGGACUCGGCGAGCCGUCUCCUGUUUGUUUCAGCCGUUCUCCUCAGAACACCUCUUUUAGCUUUUUCCUCUUUUUACACUGAGAACUGGUCUUCUUUUUUUUUUAAAACUACUUUUUUAAAAUACUGUAUUCUGUGAUGGUGUUGCAAUUAUUUAUUGGUUUUAAGAGGAUAUUAGUGUUAUCAUUAUGUUUGGAUGCUUUUCUUGACAUUGGACUACACUAGCACACACACGCACAUGCAUUUUACUCAGCUGUCUUUAGCACAGCAGUCUGAGAUUUGUAACAUAAUCUUUUUCCUUUCUUUUUUUUUUGUUUAAAUCAAAUGCACUUUAUUGAAACAGACGUGGAAAAGAGGUGGAAAAACCCACACUGAGCUGUUCUCAAUGGCUUGACUUGCUGCCUGGCUCAACAGGCUGUAAAGAGAAAUUCAAAUGCUUGUCAUGUGCAGGAAUGAGAGUUUUCCCAGCAUUCUCUGCGAUCACGGUCAGUCGUGACAUUCAUCAGAAAUAACGGUCAAGAUACUUGAGUAGUUACUUUUUCAUUUCAUUUGUUAAUAUAGAUAACAUGCAUUAUGUUUAUAUUAAUACUGGAUUUAUUAUUUUUUUUAUAAACUGACAUUUGCAUUGUGUAAAUAUUUGAAUGUGCAUGUGCGAUGUUUUGUUUUGUUUUGUUUGUUAUGGAAUGAAGGCAGUUGUAGGAGUUGUCAUGGGAUUCCCUGCCACUCAAUCCAGGAGCACAAGUCAUUUUUUUUAGCAGUUUGAUACGUACCCACUACUGCCAUUCAGACUCUUAUGCAGCCCUCAAGGGAGAGACCUCAUGUUUGUCUUUGCACGGCAGCUCAGAAUUCAGAAACCCUGUGCUCUAUGAAGUACAUUCCUUUUGGAGUGCAGCCAGAUAUGGAUACGAAGCAGAAAUGCUAAUGUGAACUCUCUCUGCCAAGCAGUACGCAGCCAAGCUGGCUCAGCCUUUCCCUGGCUCUGUGUGUGUGUGUGAGUGAUAUAUGUAUAUAUGUGUGUAUGUAUGAUACUGUGUAAAUAUAUAUAUAGGUGUGUGCGCACAAUGAAGGCCAGUUUAAGAAACUGAACUGAAAGCACUGCAAAAGCAGCCUGCUUUCACCUGUACAUGUGUUAAUAAGAACCUCCUGGUGUUAUUGAUCUGCACUGGCACUGA